AUGGAUUCCUCGAAAUCACCCAAUGCAGAAAAUGAAGACGAUCAUUUUUUCGACGAUAUCCAAUGGAUAGAAGGCGAUUGUAAUUUUGUAAAGGAUACGAAUGAUGAAUUAGCUCCGCCAACUACAGUAGCUGAUAUCGAUCAUCAAAUACGUGGAAUGGCAUUGGAAUUCACCUGUUGUCAUCUUACACAAUCAUUUCAGUCUAUUCAAGACGCUAUUUCCAUGUGUUAUAAUAAAAUUCAACUGGAAGAUAUUUACUUAGCAGACCCAUUACGCUUAUUAACCUAUGAAUCAGAUAUCAUCAGCAAGGAUAGACUGUGGAACUCAUUGCAGACAAGAUUACGCAACUACGAUCAACCACUUAACUGGCCAAAUUCAAGAGCAUGCAUGAUCACAUUAUCCACACUAGACAUAGACAUGGAUAAGAUAUUAAAAGCAACUAGGUCAAAUUCAAGUCCGAUAAAAAAUUACACCUGCGAUAUCUUUGGUAUGUAUCAUCUAAUGAUAUCUGAGGACGAUGGUAGACAUGAUGAAGAUGACUCGACCGAAUCUAUUUCUGCUGAUGAAUCCACGAAGGAUGAUUAUAGCUUAUUAGAUUUUUUCCAGGGAGAUGAUAAGAAUAUGGCCUUAGCUCUAUCCAAUUGCCAAAUGAAUGAAUUACUUCAAAUAAAGGAAGAAUAUACCGAAUAUAAUGAAGCAAUCUCUAGUGAACUAAUUGACCAAUUAAGGUUACGUGAAGAAUACACCAAUCAAAUAUUGGUACGGCAACGUUUUAUUGCUAUGCUAAGACAAUUAGAAGAUAGACGUGAAUUUACUCGAAAUAGCAAGAAAAAAUCGACCAAGACAUCCAGUGAUAAAUCUAAUGUGGUAAAGUAUUAUUUUUAA